AUGGCGUCAUCCACCCUCAGCUCCCCGUUAUCGAAUAUCGAGCGACUCCCGGACGAGCUACUUCUCAGAGUCUUUGACCUGAUUUACAUAGAAUCAACCACGUCCAAAAAAGACAGCGAUCGAUACAGAUGUGGCUCCAGGACCCUUCUCAGCCUCGCCUUAUGCUCUCGUCGCCUAUAUGCUGUAACUCUACCAGCGGUCUACCGCUACAUGCACGAGCUCCCGAAAUCACAGGAUAACCUCGUAAAAUUCUUGCGACAGAUUCUUGCAGUACCCGCGCUCGGUCACCAAGUGAAGCUGUUUCAUGGCGUUGCUAGAUUCACGGAGCGGCGACAGAGUCAGUCAGCUAUACGACUCCACACAUCGAGUCUACCACCGGAUGACUGGAUCCGUGUCGAAAGUGCAGCGACAGAAGCAGUUUUCGCAAACUCUUCAUAUCCUUGGGUACUCAACUCUAUCGAGAAUGGAUACUGGCCUGAUGUUGCUGCUUUGGUGCUAUCUCGUCUCCCGAACCUGGAAGAGUUGGAAUUAUCCAACUGGAUCUACAGCGAUGAAUCCAGCAAAGCCCUGCUUAUUCUCAACAAAAUGGCAAGCAUCUCGAAUAGUUCCGAUCAACCUUUGAGCAAUCUUCGAAGAAUUUCCAUAAACUCUUCCCAACCUGACCACGAUGUACCGAUGCAUCGGCUCCUUCAAUUUUUCAUGUUUCCUUCGCUGUCUGUGUUCGAAACAGAUGCAUGCUGUAUGCAGUUUAAUGGUGAUGAUGACUGGAUGGAGAAAGGUUACCAAUUUCCAGCAAUGAAGGAGCUACAACUUUUGCGCAGCGUUAGCGAGCCAAGCCGACUCUCCAAUUUCCUUCAACUAUUUCCCAACCUUGAGCGUCUCACUUAUGGUCACACAUGGGGUCUCCUAGCAUUUUCAAAUUUGAUUGCACCAAAUUCGUGUCAGCCAUUGCUAAUUUAA